UGGAGGAGGAAACAACAGUAGAGGGGCUGAACCCGGCGCACAGACAAUGUGCCUCUCUGUUCCCCGGUCCUCCUCUCUCUUCCCAUUCUGCCCGAGCGAGGGAGAAAAACAAUAAUGUUUUCUCAGACAACGUCUAUUGUGCCACGGCUGGAUGUGGACAGUGACACGGAGCUAAAAUAACAAGGAGUGACAUUGUUUCUGGGCCCCGGCAGGUGGAGAGAGAGAGAGAGAGAAAAAAAAAACAAGAACGAAAAAAAAAAAAAAAACCGCUGCAAUCUGACUCAGAUGAUUCACAUGCAUCGGGCUCCAGGUCUAUGGAAAUGCAGGAUCUAGCCAGUCCGCACAGCCGAGUAAGUGGAAGCAGUGAAUCCCCCAAUGGUCCUAAUCUCGACAACUCACAUAUCAAUAACAAUUCCAUGCCACCAAAUGGCACUGAAGGAGAUAACAUCACUAUGCUUACCACAGCAGACUGGUUGCUAAGUUCUAGUUCGCAGUCCGCUGCAGUUAAAACAGAGCCAAUGAGCAGCAGCGAAAUCGCCACCUCUGUAGCAGACGGCUCUCUAGACAGCUUCUCAGGAUCAGCUAUUGGAAGUAGUGGCUUCAGCCCAAGACAAACUCACCAGUUCUCUCCACAGAUUUACCCUUCCAACAGACCGUAUCCACACAUUCUUCCAACCCCUUCAUCCCAAAAUAUGGCCGCCUAUGGCCAGACGCAGUAUACCACAGGAAUGCAGCAGGCCGCUGCCUAUGCAGGCUACCCACAACCAGGGCAGCCGUACGGAAUUCCAGCCUAUGGUCCGUUGUGGGCAGGCAUCAAGACGGAGGGCGGCCUCUCGCAGACGCAGUCGCCCAGCCAGACCGGCUUCCUGAGCUACAGCUCUGGCUUCUCCACGCCGCAGACAGGACAGGCGCCCUACAGCUACCAGAUGCAAGGAGGCAGUUUUACAACAACAUCAGGAUUGUAUGCUGGAAGCAAUUCCCUCACAAAUUCAACUGGAUUCAAUAGUACACAACAGGACUACCCAUCCUACCCCACCUUUGGCCAGGGUCAGUAUGCGCAGUAUUACAACAGCUCCCCGUACACGUCUCCCUACAUGACGAGCAACAACACCAGCCCCACCACGCCCUCCACCACUGCCACCUACACGCUCCAGGAGCCGCCCACCAGCAUCACCAGCCAGGCCCUGACUGAGCAGCCCCCAGCAGGCGAGUACAGUACAAUCCACAGUCCAUCAACCCCCAUUAAAGAUUCAGAAUCGGAUCGAUUGCGUCGGGCCUCAGAUGGAAAGUCACGUGGCCGCGGGAGAAGGAACAACAACCCAUCUCCGCCACCGGACUCUGACCUUGAGCGCGUGUUCAUCUGGGACUUGGAUGAAACAAUCAUCGUCUUCCAUUCCUUGCUCACAGGGUCUUACGCCAACCGAUUCGGGAGGGAUCCACCGACGUCGGUGUCGUUAGGCCUCAGGAUGGAGGAGAUGAUUUUCAACUUGGCGGACACACAUUUGUUCUUCAACGACUUAGAAGAGUGUGAUCAAGUCCACAUUGACGACGUGUCUUCGGAUGACAACGGCCAGGACCUAAGCACGUAUAAUUUCAGCACAGACGGCUUUCACGCGGCAGCCACCAGUGCCAACCUGUGUCUGGCCACGGGCGUGAGGGGAGGCGUGGACUGGAUGAGAAAGCUGGCCUUCCGCUACAGACGAGUAAAAGAAAUCUACACCACCUACAAAAACAACGUCGGAGGCCUGCUUGGCCCGGCCAAAAGGGAAGCCUGGUUGCAAUUGCGAGCAGAAAUUGAAGCCUUGACGGACUCCUGGUUAACACUGGCACUGAAAGCACUAACAUUAAUCCACUCAAGGUCAAACUGUGUUAACAUCCUAGUGACCACGACACAACUCAUCCCAGCGCUGGCGAAGGUCCUCCUAUACGGCCUGGGAAUAGUGUUUCCAAUUGAAAAUAUUUAUAGUGCAACGAAAAUAGGGAAGGAGAGCUGUUUCGAGAGGGUCAUGCAGAGGUUCGGCCGGAAAGUUGUUUACAUCGUCGUGGGAGACGGAGUGGAGGAGGAACAAGGCUCCAAGAAGCACAACAUGCCCUUCUGGCGGAUCUCCAGUCACUCCGACCUGAUGGCCCUUCACCACGCGCUGGACCUGGAGUACUUGUAGCACUGCGAACUGACCCGGAGCGGGAGCGGACCGGACCGGACCGAACUGGACCUGACCAGGCCCGCCUCACCAGACAGCCACGCCUCACGCCUGCAUCUACUGCGACCUUUGCCCUCCGAACCACAUCUCACUCACACACCCCUUCAUCAUGCCUUUCACAACACACACCCCCCCCUCCGCCCGCCGUCGCGUCAGAGGAGAGAGAUGGAGGGUGGGGGAGGAGAGAGAGGGGGGGGGGGGGGGGACCUCCCACCUCUGGUGCCCCGUGUCUGCGUUCCUCGAAAAGAAAAAAAAUCGAGAUAAAAACUUGACUGAAAAAAAGGAGAGAGCGAAGGGAGAAAGGGGGGCAAGAAAAGAGAGCCUCUUCUGAGUGACAAGGUGGACGUGUUGACAUAUGGCCACGGUUCGUCUUAACCUCUUUUGCGUAUCGGCGGAGAAUGAAUUUAUGGCACUGCAGCUGCUGGUCCCUGCUUUACUGUGAAUCGGCUUUUCUCUCUCUCUCUCUCUCCCUCACUCUCCCUGUCUCUAGCUCAUUCACACUCUCUCUCUCUCUCUCCUUCUGUCUCUCUCUCUCUCUCACACUCUCGAAACAAAGCCAUCAAAAUGUUUUACGGCCCCUGUCUGUGCCGGGGCUCAGCAAGGGUUCACACCUGUGUAGAAAUCAGAGCUACCGACGUCUCGGAACUCCGCCAGACUGACCCUCUCCACCGCCGCUGCCGCUGCCGCCACCUCAGCCGCCGCGCGGUUUUAAUCCUCGACCCACAGCCUCCCCUCUUAACCCCUCUCUCUCUCUAUCUCUCUCUCUCUCUCUAUCUCUCUCUCUCUUUCUUCUGUCCUUCUCCCCCUCUCCUUCCCUCUUUCUGAUGGUACACAGACAGACACAAGGCUCCAGUGGCUCGAUCGGCCCGCCUCCCCCGUUUUGUCCACCACUCGGCCACUCGGUUGACCCUGGACGUUCCGGCGCUUCUUAUUUAUGAAAGCAUCCCCCCUCUGGAGUGAGUGGUGUUUUUAGUCCCCACAAAGGUACCUCUGUGAAAGACUCGUGCCUUUUCUGCGUCAACUAAGUACUUUUGAAUUCCACCUCACUGAGAAGUCUAUGGAGGAAGAAAACGAAAAAGAGGAUUUUCUAGUAAUUUAAGAAAAAAAAAAAACUUUAUUUACAUUGCUGAGAUAAUCAUGUACAGAAGAAAUCUUUUUUUUUUUUUUUUUGGUGUGUGUACAUUUGUAAUCACUGGACUAUUCCUUCCUAUAUUCAUUUAGGUACAUGCUGUUGAAAGUUGGCAAUGCUUUUUCAUUGAAGUACAUAAAAACAGCACACUGGCACUUUGGCUUGUGCGCUAGGGGGCCUCAAAGUGUUGAUGUGUUUAAGGGUUUUUGUUCAUUAAAACAAAUAUUGUAGAUAAAAAAAGGGAUUUUUGUGAUAACUUGUUCUGUCAAGACCAAAAGCAUGGAUGUCAAGUGUCAAUGAUUUCAUUCUCAUUUUGUUUUUUGUUUUGUUUCCUUCAGUGCCGUUGUCUCUCCCCUACAUCUCUUUCUGCCUCUUCUCUCCUCUCUCUUGACAGAGGAAAAAGGUCUUGUAUUUCUCUCUCUCUCUCUCUCUCUCUCUCUCUCUCUCUGAGAGGAGAAGAAUGCGGGCUCUCUAGCCCUUUGGGUCAACAUUUCAUGCGGGGUGUGUCUCCACAGAAGUGUUCCAACUGUGAGAGCAGGAGGCUUUUAGACCAGGAGGUUAGCGUUAGCAUUAGCAUACAGCCUCAAAACUCAAGUCUGACCGAGCUGAAAACCGAGUGCAAGCAAUGGAUACUAAGCUUGACCGUAACAGGCUCCGAGGCUGUACGUGGAUGUGUGUGUGUGUGUGUGUGUGUGUUUCUCACAUUGACACCCCCCCCUUCCCCGCCCACCACCAUCUUACGCCUGGAUCUGAACCGUUUAACUCAGGUUAAACUUCAGCCUCCUUUAUGGGCAUAAAAACCUUACGUUAUCUUUUAUACUGGCGCUACAAAAAAACAGGAACUCUUGUACAGCAAGUGUAAUUUUGUAUGAAGUAGUCUUUUUAUUUUGAUUUUUUUGAAAAAGUAAAAAAAAUGUGUUUCUGUGUCCAUUUUGAAAUCGCUGUAGUUGAAAUUCAUUGGAAUUCAUUACGCCUAUUGAUAGUGCUUAGGUUACUGUUGACUGGGGAAUUCAAGGAGAAAAUAUAUAUAUAGGUCUUGGACUUUUACAAAGCCACUACUCCAUACAACGAGAAAAAAAAGGGAACCGAAAAAAAAGGACGAAUGGGUUGAGAACAUACAUGUGCUAUCGACUGUGAAUUUCCUCUGCAAGAACCGACGCGAUCUGUUUCUAAUUCUCCUCUCCCCUCACGCAGUCACUGCUGCCGUGCUCUCCCAGGUGAGAGACCCCCCCCCCCUCCUCCCCCUCCCCCUCCCUCCCCUCCCGCUCUUAGGAACCUUUUUCUCAGCACAUUCACAAUUUCACUCCUGUGAACGAAAACUCUCUCUCUCUCUCUUUCUUUCUUUCCCCUGUUCACGGGGACUACAUAUUGCUGCUAGGUCAAGGUAUCAGUAACAGUAGGCCUGAAAAUGUUUUAUAGAUUUACACAGCAUUUUUUUUUUAUUUCAAUGUUGCAAUCAUAAUGCAAACUGGAAAUAAUUUACAGUACAUGGGCCUCAUUGGGGGAAACACAAAGGUUUGUUGUGUCCGCAAAAAAAAUAAGAUGUGUACAGAUGUUUUUGACAUUAUUAUUUGAUUUGUGUUUAAAUUAAUAAAAAUUGAUUUGUGAACUGUUACACAUACAUUUCCCUCGUUGAAGUGAUUGAAAUGGUGCCUUUGACAAUCCUCCCUGCUGAGCUGGAGAUUCAUAGAGUGCGCUGUGUCUGUUUCUGAUUUGAAAGCAUAGGGAACUGUGUUUACAUGUGUGAACUGUGGAACCAAAGGCCACAUCUCUCUCUUUCUCUCUCUCUCUUUCUCUCUCUCUCUCCCUCUCU